GGGCGAGGAGCCGACGUCAGUCAUCCUCGUCCCGUGCGCGCCAAGUCCGCUGCCUGAGCCCUGCAAUGUGCGCUGUGCUCCGCAAACCCAAGAGCGUCAAGUUGCGAGCCCUACACAGCGCGAGCAAGUUCGGCGUGGCGGCACGGAGCUGCCAGGAGCUGCUGCACAAGGGCUGCGUCCGCUUCCAGCUCCCGGUGUCCGGCUCCCGGCUGUGCAUGUACGAAGAUGGCACGGAGGUGACCGACGACUACUUCCCGAGUCUCCCCAACGACGCCGAACUCCUGCUGCUCACUGCUGGCCAGACCUGGCAGGGCUAUGUGAGUGACAUCACUCGCUUCCUUAGUGUGUUUAAUGAGCCACAUGCCGGGGUCAUCAGGGCUGCAAGGCAACUGCUGUCAGAUGAGCGGGCCCCACAGAGGCAGAAGCUACUGGCCGACCUUCUGCAUCAUGUCAGCCAGAACGUCACUGCUGAGACCCGGGAGCAGGACCCUUCCUGGUUUGAGGGUUUGGAGUCUCGAUUCAGGAACAAGUCUGGCUACCUGAGAUACAGCUGCGAGAGCCGGAUCCGGGGCUACCUGAGAGAGGUGAGUGCUUACGCCUCUGCGGUGGAUGCAGCGGCUCGAGGAGAAUUUGAGCGGGUCCUUAGCUCCAUGAGCCAGAAACUCAAGUCUGUGAAGUACAACGGCAGCUACUUCGACAGAGGUGCAGAGGCCGGCAGCCGUCUCUGUACUCCAGAAGGCUGGUUCUCCUGCCAGGGCCCCUUUGACCUGGACAGCUGUCUUUCCAAGCACUCCAUCAACCCCUAUGGCAACAGGGAAAGCCGGAUCCUCUUCAGCACCUGGAACCUGGAUCAUAUAAUAGAGAAGAAGCGCACUGUGGUGCCCACGCUGGCCGAAGCCAUCCAGGACGGGAGGGAGGUGAACUGGGAGUACUUCUACAGCCUGCUUUUCACCGCGGAGAACCUGAAGCUGGUGCACAUCGCCUGCCACAAGAAGACCACACACAAGCUGCAGUGUGAUCACAGCAGGGUCUACCGGCCCCAGAAAGCGUCCAAGAAGAAGUGGCCUGCUCGGAAGCGCCAGUGACACACACCGGGCCCUCUGCCGUGACUGCAGGGUGAUGGGCCGUACGUACUGUCACUCUAGAAAAGCCUUUGAGAGUCUUUUUGACGUCUGGUUUGAGUACCUUCCCGGUUUGCUUCCCCAGCCUGACAGCCCAGUGCAGAGGACGGUGCUGGGCGCUCACUGUGUCCCUGUGAUGUGGCAGCAUCUUCAUGUCAGCUUGGGCACUGUGGUAUGGGGAUGGUAUGUGUUAGUCUGCACCUCAGCUUUUAUGGCCCGUUUCCAUGGCAAAGCCCCACAGCUCUGACUACAUUCCUCUGAGAAAUGGUGCUUCCGGGAUAAAUGUUUGCAUUUCACAAGGAAGAUGGAGGACGUUCUCUGCUUACCUGUUUUAAAUGGCAGGAGGUGAGAAGACUCCCAGUUGUCUUCUGGUGAGAACAGCUGACUGGGGCAGUACCUUGAGCCAUGGGAAAUUGCUGUUUUUCAUGGGUUAAAUAAUGGCUUUCUGCCGAGCUCGGUGGUGCACAGCUUUAGUCCCAGCACUCAGGAAACAGAGGCAGGCAGAUCUUUGUGAGUUCGAAGCCAACCUGGUCUACAGAGCGAGUUCCAGGACAGGCUUCAAAGCUACAGAGAAACCCUGUCUUGAAACACCAAACAAAUAAUGGCUUUCUGUCAUGAGUCUCAUGACUCAACACUGAUACAUGUGUGCACAAUUGGAGGCGGUUUAAGCUUUUAUGUGUAGAAUUGGGAAGCUGUUAAAGCACAGUUGGCAGAGAAUGACCCCGAAUUCAUGAUACACCUGUGGCAUCCCUAGAGCUGGGAUUACAGAUGUGCACCACCAUGCCUGGUAUUUGGUUUUGUAAACGUGUGUCAGUUUGUGCAGAGACAGUCUGAGGAAAUGCCACACUGUGAAGUCAGUAAACCUGAGGUAUUCAGCAGGAUGAGAUUUGAUCACCAGAUACUAACUUCCUGCAUCAUGUAUUUUAUGGUACUUGAUGUUUUGUUUUUCCUUCUAAGAUGGAUCUCGUUAUGUAGUUCUGGCUGGCCUGGAAAGCACUAUUAGAUCAGCUUAGCCUUGAACUCACAGAGUUCUGCCUCUGCCUCUUGAGUGCUGGGAUUAAAGGUGUGUGCACCACUCCUAGCAUGAAUUUUUUUAAAAAAUGAGCAUUUUAUAUGUUUUAUAAUGUUUGUAUUUUUACUGUAUUUUAAUUACCAUUUUUACCAUAUAAUCAGAAAAACAAAUAGAGUUUCCAGAA